AUGAGAGUAGGUACCUUCUGUAGGUACCUUGCUCAAGGAGAGAGUAUGCGAACGAAACAUCUCGAAUUCAGAGUUGGGAAAUCGACGGCCUGCAAAAUAGUGCCAGAAGUUUGUCAUGCUAUAUGGCUUGCCCUGCAACCAAUUGUGCUUCCUACACUAGAUGCUAAUGGCUGGAAAAAAAUAAGUGAAGAAUACAUGUUGAAAUGGCAAUUUCCAAACUGUAUUGGUGCUCUGGAUGGUAGACACAUGGCGAUCGAGAAACCUCCAUGCUCUGGUUCACAAUACUACAAUUAUAAGAAAUUUUUCAGUAUUGUGCUAUUAGCACUUUGUGAUGCAAAUCAUAAAUUUACAUGGGUGGACAUUGGACAAUUUGGUUCAAUUAGUGACGGUGGUGUGUGGAGAAAUUCAGAAUUAGCUGCAGAUCUUGCUUCUGGUGAUGCUGAUCUUCCACCACCAACACCUCUGUCAGGAAGAGAUGUUCCUUUCCCACAUGUAAUUGUAGCUGAUGAAGCUUUCCCCCUUACCACAUAUCUUAUGCGCCCCUAUGCAAGACCUUUGCCUCUCAGUAUUGCCCUCCUGAUUGGCUCGGUGUUGAAAAUGAGAAUGGGCUUAUUCAUGAUGGUCGGUGGAGGACUAUUGGACCGGGUCAAUUUUUUCAAGAGUUAG